AUGAAGGAGAAAGAACGGAAGUUCCAUGAGGCCCUCCUUAAAAUGCUUUAUCCUCCCCCACCCUCCCCUCCUCCUCAGGAAGAGGAGGAGGAGGAAGAAAAUAAACCAAUCAAAUCUUUGGGGGUAGGCGUCAAUUUGAAUCAAAUUCCAGAUGAGUUGGAGGAUGAGGAGAGAAAUCCGUCGUCUUCAGACCAUGAUGGUGAGGACUGUAAUGGUGCCAUUCAGAAGCUGACGCGGGCGCAGAGGAAGCGGCUUCGCAGGAAAAAGCUUAAGGAAGCUUCUGGUCAACGCAGGAAGAUUAUUGGGCCGAUGCCUUUGUUGUCUAAAGCAAACGACGGUGGAAAUGGUGGUGGCGAUGGUGUUGCAGGAAAGGCACCGGAGAGUGUUCGACAAAAUGCUUCUGUGGAAACGGAUACCAUAAUGAAAAAAUCAGGAGAACUAGCUUCUUGCUCAAAACAGAACAAGCUAAAGCAAAGAAGAAUGGGUAAGAAAUUGGCUAGUGAAAAUUUGAAAUCAUCAGGCACAGAAACUACUAGCCAUCAAGGGGAGAAAGAAGGAUUAAAGGACUGA